CUAACUGACCCAAUCAGCGUAGACGAAACCGCCGCAACUUCACCGUCUUCUACAGCACACAGACCCAGUUGAGCAUACCUAAUUGCACACAAGAUGCUCGCGGAGAGAAAAAUGAAAACAGAGGCGAUGAGAUGCGGCGGAUUGUAAGUUUUGGUGGUUACUAGAGGCUGAGCUGAACCCACAACCUGCGACGAGAAGAGAGAGAAAAAAGGGACCUACAUCCCCCGCCGAUUAACCUGAAACCGAACUACCGGCGAUGUCUUCUUUACAAGAGGAGGCACCGAUAACUCCGACGAAGAGGAAGGAGAACGGGGUAGACCUCUGGCUCAAGACCACCUUCACCCAAUCUUUGAAACAUGCCGUCUCAGCUGUGCCAGUCUCAUCUCUUUCCGGUGGCUCUGCUUCCCCAAGAACUCCAAGCAUUGCCGUCCCUUCCGAACCCACUACACCGACAUUCACCGACUCCCAAACCCUAAUCUCCAUUUCCGCCGACAUUAUGGACCGGACCCGCCUCCUGAACGACGAAACCCUCCUCAAGAUCCUGUCUUUCUUGCCCGACUCCCAGAGGAAGUCCAAUCGCCUUGUUUGCAAGCGCUGGCUCAAUGUUCAAGGUCGACUCUUUCGGUCUCUCAGGAUUCUCGAUUGGGAGUUCCUAGAAUCGGGUCGGUUGACUUCCAGCUUUCCUGAUCUCACCCACGUGGAUUUGAUCAAUGGGUGCGUGGUGACCCCAGUGGGUUCCAGUAUUUACCUGAAUCAUCGGUUUAUCUCCGUGCAUUUGGACUCCGGAGUUUCUGCCUUUUCACCCAGUUGGCGACUUUGCGAGGAGAAUUUGUUGCCAGCUGAGACUGUAGAUAGAGGACUCAGAGUUUUAGCUAAUGGGUGCCCUAAUUUGCGCCGGCUUGCAGUGCUUGGUGCCAGUGAUGUAGGACUGAUAAGCGUGGCUGAAGAAUGUCCUACGCUGCAGGAGCUGGAGUUGCACCGCUGCAAUGACAAUGUCCUGCUAGGGAUUGCAGUCUGUUCCAAUCUGCAGAUAUUGAAGCUUGUAGGAAACGUGUAUGGGCUAUAUGGUUCAAUAGUUUCAGAUGUUGGUUUGACUAUUCUGGCGCAAGGGUGCAAGAGACUACUGAAGCUUGAUCUCACUGGAUGCGAGGGUAGCUUUGAUGGGAUUAAGGCAAUAGGGCACUGCUGCCAGAUGCUCGAAGAAUUGACAGUGUGUGAUCAUAGGAUGGAUGAUGGGUGGUUGGCUGCUCUUCAUUUCUGUGAAAAUUUGAAGACUUUGAGAUUAUUGUCGUGUAAGAGAAUAGAUUCUGUCCCGGGGCCAGAUGAGUAUCUGGGUCGUUGUUCUGCUCUUGAAACACUACAUUUGGAGAGAUGUCAUUUAAGGGACAAAAUUGGAGUUCGAGCUUUAUUUAAGGUUUGUGAAACUGUGAGGGAAAUUGUUGUCCAGGAUUGCUGGGGUUUGGAUGAUGAAGGGUUCAGCUUGGCUAGCACUUGCAGGAGGGUAAAGUUACUCUACCUAGAAGGAUGCUCCUUGGUGACAACAGAAGCCCUCGAGUCUGUACUUUUAACCUGGAAUGAGAUUGAACAUUUGAGGAUAGAAUCAUGUAGGAAAAUAAACGACAGCGAGAUCUCUCCAGAGCUUUCAAACUUAUUCUGUGAUCUCAAAGAGCUUAGAUGGAGACCAGAUUCCAAAUCAAUCCUUGCAGUAGGUCUGAUGGGGACCGGCAUUGGAGAGAAGGGCCAGAAGUUGUUAAGGAAAUCAUGAACACUGUGCAAAACAUCUCACUCAGUGUCUCAACCAACCCAUUACUGAGUUGGCUGUUGUAACUUUGAAUCAUCAAACUGCCUCAGUGCUCGCCUUCUCAAGAGCAAGUUGAUGGAUGCAAAAUUUUAGAAGUGUCUACUUGACAGUUUUAGGCUUCCUUUACAUGUAUCGACUACAGAUUAGUGUAGGAAUGUAGCCUCCUUCCAUAACUGGGUAGACUGUGUAGGCUUCCUUUUUACUUUUGUAAAGUGGUCCACAUGACAACAGAAAGACUCUCAGAUAGGCUGCCUCAGCUUGUGUACUUUCCUCAUUGAUCAUACUGUCCAUAUAUGUAGCAAUCAGCAAUAACUGUUCAAGUUCACUUGCGACAAUGAAGUUACAAAAUUUCC